UUGUGGGUAGCUUCACACAGGCCAGGGACACCAGAGACCCAAUGGGCGUUGAAUGACAUUUUAUGCUGUGAGUUGCAAACUGGCUGUAUUUUCUUCCCAAAUCCCGGUAGUGGAACCCUUUGUACCAAGAAACACAGAGAGAUAAAGGUCCGGACAAAAGCUGCAGGAAUGUCCGAAGUUAGUGUUGAGGCUGAGUCCCCAGCCCAGGACCUGCAAAUGGAUUCAUCUAAGGAGGCUCAGAAUACUGAGGACUUUCAAAGAGAGAGCGAGGAGGAUGCUCACAGCUUUGAUAGUACUGAAUAUGUACUAAACAAUGAUGAAGUGCCUCAUGGUGACAGAGCUGAAAACGACAGUGAUGUUCAAAAUGACAACGAUAAUGCUGAGAACAGCGAUGGUGCUCAAAAUGAUGUUCAGAGCGAUAAUGAGAAUACGCAAAACAGUGUGAAUGCUGAGCAUGACGAUGAUGUACCAAGGACUAGUGACAAUGCACAUUCCGACAAUGCCGGUGCUAAAAGGGAAAAUUGCCAUACAGUGACUACUGAUAAUGAUACACCAAAGAAAAAUGAAGAUUCUCACACUCAUACAAAGGACAGCACUAUGGAUGAAGAGGUCCACAGGAGCCCUGCGGCAGAGAUAUCGGUCACCAGCAAUGGAGACCUGGAGGAGAGCCACGAGGAUGUAUUCAGGGACCCUUCUUACGGGGACCUGAACCUGUCAGAAGGCCACAUCCACUCUGGCAGCUUUGCCUCGAUGACAGAGGGCAUCAUUGCAUCAGGACCAUACAAAGUGUCAGCAAGCCAGCCCACGUCUCCCGUGGCACCUGUAGCUCCCAGCUCAGCCGCGGCUAGCCGUCUGGCGCGACCCAUCAGCGAUAGUCAGACUGAGAUACAGAAAGGCACUAUGGAAGGGCAGCCACAGAGCGGGCCGGUGGUCCUGGCAGACGACCUGAAGAACCCGGCCAUGGAAAAACUGGACCUAGUGAGGAAGUGGAGUAUCAACACGUACAAAUGCACCAGGCAGAUCUUGUCGGAGAAGCUGGGCCGCGGCUCACGGACGGUGGACCUGGAGCUGGAGGGGCAGAUCGAAGUGCUGCGCGACAACAAGCGCAAGUACGAACACGUGGUCAAGCUGACCCAGACUCUGGCCAACCAGCUCACCCAGAUGAUGCAGACUCAGCGGCAGCUUGGCGAUGCCUUCGCUGACCUCGGCCUCAAGUCGCCAGAGCUCCAUGAGGAGUUUGGCUACAAUGCUGACACUCAAAAACUUUUGUCCAAAAAUGGGGAGACCCUACUGGGAGCUAUCAACUUCUUCAUUGCCAAUGUGAACACACUGGUGGACAAAACAAUUGAGGACACUAUGAUUAACAUCAAACAGUAUGAAACUGCCAGGAUUGAGUUUGACGCGUACCGCACAGACCUGGAGGAAUUGAACCUGGGGCCGCGGGAUGCCACCACUCUGCCCAAGAUAGAAUACUCCCAGCAGCAGUUCCAGAUCCACCGCGAGAAGUACGAGAAGAUGCGCAACGACGUCUCCAUCAAGCUCAAAUUCCUGGAAGAGAACAAGGUGAAAGUGUUGCACAACCAGCUGAUCCUCUUCCACAAUGCCAUCGCAGCAUACUAUGCAGGAAACCAGCAGCAGCUGGAUCAGACGCUCAAGCAGUUCCACAUCAAGUUGAAAAUGCCCGGCGGGGAUACGCCAUCUUGGCUGGAGGAGCACUAAUCAACUGAUCCACCCCUCCCAAAAAAUCGAGUGGUUUGGUCUGGAGAGGCAUCAGGAAAUGCUCUCCCCUCCCUGUCUGCCUCUGUUCCUCCCACUUUUCUUCAGGAUUGUAAAAGUUGUUAGGCAAAGCAACACUAAGACAAAUAAAUAAUUAAAAAAAACAAAGAAAUAUUUAUCAAUCUCUUGGUUGAUAAACUGUACGUCCUGUUUUCUACUAUGCUCUUGUUCUUCCUGUACAAGGAAAUCCAUUGACCGUUCUAAUCGUGAAGUGGCCAUCUCUCUUUUUCUCUCGUUCUCUUCUUUUUUACAUGGAACUGCUGCAGUUCUUUUCGAAUCAUGGGAAAUUCACUUUUUGGGGUUGAUUUGACAAAUCUAGUGAGAAGCACAGAGAUGCUAAAUACAUUUUGGAAAGUGUAAAAGGACUUUUUACUCCAGCUUAUGAAUGUUGUAUCUCGACACUGUAGAGACGUUUUGGGACAAAUGGCCGUCAUCUUCUUGACUGCAUCCAGUUGGUUAACUUAUCUCCACUUUUUGUAAAACUCUGGCCACCUAUUGAUGGAGUAACACUAAUGAUAGGCAUCAUUAAAUGUACAUGAUGCAUCAUAAGCAAGAUGUGACACCUGUUAUACCCAGUGUAUGACUGUAGGAAAUGGAUUACCACCUUCUUGGAAUUAAAUACAGUAGAUUAGAUGGUUGGUUUUCACUGUUUGAGUCAUUGAAUUGUACUGUAAUGAAUGGCCAUUUUAUAACAAGCGUCAAUGUCAUGUUUAAGGUGCUAUUAUGUUGCAAUGAAUUGAACAUUUUGUAAUUCCAGAGAAACUGAAAGACCAGCCUUACCACGUGAACUUGAUGUGCCUUGUUUUAUGUCUGUACAAAUCUCUCGCUCUGUCUGAUGUUUCAACUAAACACAGACCCCUCACACUGCCAGCUUCAGGACCACAUAGCUGUAGAUGGAUAGAUAAAGAAUGGACCAAACAUACCUACAUCACAUACACUCCAUACCAACAUAAACCACUCAAUUAUCCUAUUUCACGAUUACCCCGCCGUGUGAAUAGAAUCCUUUUUGCUGCAUUUGAGAAGAGGGGUAAAUAUGAGUUAAAUAUCUAAUUAGCAGCUGUUAUCUGCUUUAAAGCUAACCUAUAUGCUAAACGUGAACGUAAAUGUUUGCAUUUUAGAAUGAGCAACAAGAGUUCAGUCUUAGCAUUGGACAAUGACAAUCUCUAUGCUAGUUAAUGGCACAAGAAGCAUGUUGAUUCCCUUGACUUUCCAAUUGCAGUCAUUUAAAAAAAAUGAUAUCUUCCUCUCAAAUAUAUAUAUAUAAUACUGCACAUUUAUGUACAUGAGACAAAAAACACUUGUAAGAACUGUGUAUAUGAGAUGAAAGUGGACCUGAAAAACAUUUGUACAUAGGAAAGACCAGCAUCCUCUGCCUGAGCUUCUAAACAUUUGAAUAGUUAUUUUCUGAAUACUAUGGUUAUUUCCUUCGAAAGGACCACAGGUAUUCUAGCCAGCUGUCUCAUCCCCGCUGGCAAAAUAUGGGAGGUCAUAAUGACGUUAUAUUCUGGUUGAAAUGUUAGCCAGAUGACAACCAGGUGAAGACAUCUUUUUCAUGACGCCAUAUUUUGGUUCUGGUAAAAUGACAUCUAAACACCUUCCCUUUAGAACCUGACCAUAAUAUUCACAAAAUAAUGUUAUUGCAACCACUUUUGCCCACGGGUUCCUCUGUAUUUGUACCUACAGUACCAUUCCUGCUGUACAACAGCGUGUGUGCAUUGUACAUCAAUCUGUUCAAUGAAUUGAUGUAAGCAUAGAUAAAUAUAUAUAUUUGUAAUUUCCUCUAUUUUACCUUAGAUAUUUUAUAGGGUAUAUGAAUGAAGUGAUGGGGCAUUUUUCUCAUGGUGAUUAACAGAUGUUGAGUUCAAAAACAGGUUUCUGAAUGUUGUGUAAAGUCUUUUGGGGGGAAAUAAAAUGUUUUCUUCA